AUGCUGCAAGUAAAAGCCAGCAGUCUCCUCGGAAAUCCAGACACAGCGGAGUCCACUUCCGCAAGCAACCUGUACCUCUUCCAGAAAAAUCUGAAUCCACCCAAAGAACACCCGACUCUGGCACAGGCACGGAAAGUUCUUCGCCCUUCGAAGCCCAAGGUCUCGAAUCCACGCGACCGUGGAACAGGGCGCUCGCCAGCGAAUAAUCCGCGGGGUCUCACUGGCUGGCAGCAAAAAAAGAUGGAUGUGGCUCCUGACGUGCCGAUUCCCGUGAAGCCGCCGUGUCUCAGCGACACUCCAGACUGCAGACUCCAGCGCCGUGACGAAUACAUCGUCCAUUACGGCAAAGCCGGCCGACUGACCCCAUGGAGAGAGGGCGAGAAAUUAUUGUCUAGCUCUUCUAAGAAGGAACGCGGCUGA